AUGUCGUUCUCCUACAACGAUCCCGAGAAGGUUACUCCUACCGAUGAAGCCAUACAAUAUCAUUACAAGCUUGCCGCGAUGCUUGUCAAGAAGCUCGCCCUGGUUCCAAAACACACAUUCUACGCAGAGUGCAAACCCACUAUCGACGAUAUAUACAAGUUGACGAAGUCCUGCUACCCCAAUCAGAUCCCUCGUUCCGUUGGCCUCUUCUAUCUUUUCCAGAAUUUUGGCUACCUUGCCAGCAACAAUUUCUCCGGCUGCAAGCUUGAGGGUGGUUUCAACGUAUCCCGCAUGGUCUGGUACUGGAACCUGGAUAAGACGCACUCCUUUUCCCGCCACCAUCACCAGGUGUUGGCGAACUUCCUUGUCGCCAGCCUGGUCGCGGCAGAAGGGGAGAACUACGACGCCAAGGGGAUGUUCGUCCAGUUGUUUAUAGAAGCCUUCAUCACGGCCAAUCUGCGCGACACCGACCACGAAGAGCAGGAUGAGUUCCUGAAUCACUGGGACACAUGCGAAUUCGACCUCAUCACCUUCACCAACAAGGACUUGAAGCGCAUCAUGAAAAAGGUGCUGCAACUCAGGGAGGAGCUCCCUUCAGAACCAAUGCAGACCACCUGCUUCGCCAGCGAGGCUCGUCGCCAGAACUAUGCGCUGUACUGCCAAAAUGCGGCUGCGUGGGCGGUACAUUGGAUGGCGGCCUGGGAAAAGAAAGCUGAGGCGGCGGAAGCGGACGAGAAGGAGGAUCAGACCAAGCCGCUGAAGUGGGAUGACGAUCUCUGCGAUGUCAUGGCGGCUCUCGGGAUGAACAACGACGUAAGUUGCGCAAGGUGGUGCUAUGGAAUAUCAUCAACAUCUCGUAGCUUCCGUCGUACCUAA